AUGGAUAUCGAGACAAGAACAUCAAGAUCAGAAGUAGCAGCAACGACACGGAUGCUUUCAUCUGAAUUUAUGAAUGCUCUAGGACUUGGUGAGGUUCAAUUACAAGAAGAAGAAGAAGAAGCACAAUUAUCGGUUCGAGUACGAGGAAAUCGUGUGGAAUUAGCUUCAGUCUCCGAUGAACAAGAGGUGGAUUUCUUAGGACCUGCAGAGAAUAUCAAGACAUUAUUUAAAUUACCAUAUUCCCAGUCAAAAGUAUCCUUAGCUGUUCAUCGUGUUGGAACCACAUUAGUUGUGGAUGGAGAAUUGAAUGAAAAUGAUUUACCUCCUGGAUUUGAAGAUUUACCACAAGAGACAUUACAAUUGAUUCAACCAUCGGAUGAUACGAAGACACACAAGUUAUUGUAUGAAAAAUUCAUUUAUGAAAGUACAGUGAAUCGAUCGUUGCCAGGAUUUGACAAGGAAAGACUCGAGUUGACGAAAGAAAAGAGAGAGGAGAAAAAGACUGGAAAUCGAACGAGCAAGAAAAAAUAUGCCAAGAAGACUAAAAAGAAUAAGAAACAAAAGCACAAGACGGAGGAGGUUCUAGAACCAGUGGUUGGGCAUAAAAUACAGACUCAGAAAUCAAGCGAACAUAGUGAGAUGGUUUCGGCCAUCCAUAAUGAUGACAAUCGGGAGAUGAGCAUACCUGUGCCGUCACCUCUAGUGCCUGGCGGCGAUUCUUCGUUGGCGACCAAUACUGAGUCUCACUCUGGUGAUAACACACAGCAUGAAGUUGGAUCGAGUUCGUCGAAUCGGCCAAAAUCGUGUCCACCCUUUAUUCCGACCGAUAUGAACUGGUUCGCGUCGGCAGGGCAGCGUUCGCCCGCAUAUGGAGACUCACAUACGUUCGAGCGCAUUUUGAAAUGGAAGUUUAAUGAUCUUAAAAUGAUUCUCGGUAGUCAGGUUUUACUGUUCAGCAAUCAGGAACAUCCAGCCGUUUCCCUGAAAUUGCACGAUAUGGACAAGGAAUUGUCUCUCUGCACAGUUCUGGACUACUACUUGGACAACGUCAUUUCAAACAUCCCGGAACUGGCAAUCUGCAUGCACUCAAAGGGAUUCGUGCGUGGUUACAAGCUAGUAGAAACACGACAAAUUCCGUACAUGUCAGACUCUGGCCGACCCCUGUUUGACGUUCAGGAUGUGAGUAUGAAUGCGUCGAUGCUACUCAAGUUUCUUCAGGAAAAUUGUUCAAGACCGAAUGGCACAUACUGGUUGCAUCGAAAAGAAGGUGAGACUUCGUUGCGGCUCUACGAUGUAGACGUGCUGUCCCAAGGAAGCCAACUCAAGUGGAAAUAUAUGAUGGCAAUGUUGUGCUACCGGUUUGCAGCUCGGGCCUCGAGGCUCGCUAACUCAAUAGCGGCAGGAACACCGCACUUGCAGCAACAACUUCAGCAGCGUCAACGAGAAUUAUUACGCACGUGCAUGAGUUUAUUGGGAGAAAUUGCUCAAAAGGGCGGGGUAGCUCACAGCUCUAUUUGCUCGUCAGUUAGUGAGCAGCUUGCCGACACGUAUAUUCGUGAGUGCAACCAAUUCCAUUCUUCCUCCAGUUCAGCAGAUUUGGCAUCAGAAGAUUUGGACCGAGAGGCGGCAAUUGGAUCACUUGAAAAGGCGAAGCAGUAUUUGCUUGCAAGCAUCAUUUUGUUUGAAGAGUGCAUUACGAAAGACUCUGAUCCUGCUUUGACACACAAUGAUGAUAGAACGGAUGGGACAAGUACUAUGGAAGACAAGGGAGAACUAGCGCCUGAAGCCGGAGCGGAAGAGAGCGAGAUGAGCAGUUUUAUGGAUGAAGAGCUAAAUCGACUUCAGUUAAAGUUCAGCUCUGCGUGCGUUGAACUCGGACGCCUAUAUGCUCGUAGCCAGAAGUGGAUUGUCGUGGUGAAAUGUAUUGUUGAGGCUAGUCAAUUUUUAACGCUGAGUUCCAUUCCUGGUGAUGUGCAGCCACAUGAUUUGACUUCGUGCGAGCAAGACGUAGCGUUUGACUCGCUGCUUGACAAGCUGGAUUUUGAUGGUGUUGGAAGGGGAGGAUUUUCUCAAGACAAGAUUACGAUAUGUGCAUCUGGGUCGGAACUCCGUUGUUCCUUGCUGGAUUUGAUUGGCGACAUAGCUGCUCAAACACCCGUCACCGUUUAUGGCGGACUGACCGCUUUGUUUGAAAUCAUUUCGGGUGCCAAACGAGAUCAGCUUUCAAGCGUACGUGAAAAUGCAAGUGAGUGGUCAAAGACAGUCGACGAAGAUGAUAUGUCUUUAGAUGCGAAGACGCUUGCGAGUAGAGAAGAGAAUUUGCUGAUGCUUUCCUUUUUGGCUUAUUUGCACGCAUUAUUGCCGCCGGUGGACUCGGAGCUCUUUUUCAUGAUGAUGAGAAAGCUGGGUAAUGCAAGCAACGAGCUAGGCAAGUAUUUUCUUGCUGUGAAAUGCAACUACAAAGAAGCGUUCAGAUGGUUCGAGCGUGGCUGCAAGAUUUUCAACGACAUUGAAGACGGAGUCAACGUAGCGCUGAUUCGUGCUAAUCUGGCACAUUUGCACAAAAUAUUUGCCCAAGGCAAAUCGGUGGAAGCAAGAGAGGAGCAUUAUCAGACUGCAAUCCAACUUUGUACGGAAGCUUUGCAUCUUUUGAAGCAAAGUAAAGCCGAUGCUGAUUUGAACCGAAAAGUGAAAGGUGAAUUGGCUCUGACAUAUUUGGUAUGGGCAGUGGAUCUGGCGAACAAUAUAUCGUCGCUAGAGGACGCUAAGCGUUGUCCUAUGAGAGUGCGUGAGAAUGAAGUGCUCAAGAUGUUUAAUAAGGCGCUGACACUGUACACAGAGCUGAAUGACUCGAAACAAACUGCGUCUACCCACUACCAGAUUGCUUCGUUCUACAGCCGCAUGAUAUCAAGAACGUUGCGAACGGAGAGACUAAACGCAGAAGCAGAUACGUUUGAUGGAUCAUCAUCGACAGUGACAAGCCGCAUGGAAAUUGCUAGGAGGCAUUACGAAAAGGCUCUCCAUUAUUUUGGCGCUGUGGAAGUUGGCAAGACAUUUGUGCUGAUCCAUCAAGAGCUCGCGGAUCUGCAUCUUCUUGGUGGUCAUUUUGAAGGGAUUGAACAUGCUUUGCUGAUCCUGCUGAGCACGUUUGAAGCCUUCAACGUUGCGUCGUCUAGAGAUUCAAAGCUUGAGCAAGAAGAAAUGACGUCGCUUGCUUGCGACAUUGUGGCAAAGGUGAAGACAGUAUUGCACCAGCUGAUUCGAUUAUGCUCGUUUGGCCAUCUGAGCAGUUUGACUAGUGUCCAUACAAGAAGUAAGAAGCUCGAGAUGUUUAAAAACAUGUACAAGGAGAUGAUCUACAGUGACGGAUACAGCACCGACAGUAAUGUUCCAGUAUUGAACACAUUACGUAGCAUGUAUUCGCUGUAA